AGAAAGGAGAGGUUCAAGAGAAAGCUUAAGUUUGUCGUCAGUGCGGAGUUAUCCAGGUCUUUCUCUGUGAACUUGGGUUUGGACUCUAAGAUUGACAUGAUAUCUGUGACUUGGAAACUCUUACUCGUGAAUAUUUGAUGUUGCCCGUAUUGAGACUCUUGGAUCAGCUAAUGGGUUUUUCUUACUGAUUAUUAUGAUCGAACUUCAAUUUUUGACUGGCUCUUCAUGUAAUUUCUCAAUUGGAAUUAAUUUAAAACCCGCUGAGUAGUGAGAACUAUGCUUGUCGAAUUCAAAAUUGCAAUGAGCUUCGUUCUGUAACUAGUUAAUUGUACUCUUAAGUAGAUAUUUGUGAUUGAAACAACAAUGUUGUUAAGUUAUUUUGUCUUUGAAAGUGAGAGAGAGAGCGCCAAAGUUUUGCUUGGAAAAAACUAAAAGAAGAGCUUCUGGGCAUAAUUAUCUGCUUUUCCUUCUUUCCAACAUCCAAUUUGGGCUUUAAAUAUAGUUAUAGGCAUGAAAUAGCAAACCUGUAUGAUUAGUCAAAAUUAGACGUUUUGGUGAACUCUUUACAUCCCCAUAAAACUAUGGUAACUAUUGUAUCGAGUGUAAUCAUAAUAAAUGCGUUUUCUAGCAUUUGACUCUGUACCACUGAAAGGUUUAGUGUACACUUGAACUUAAAAGAUUACAUAAUAAGGAGAAAUAAUGCUUGGAUAAUGAUAAUGGGUUUAACGGAUCUUUUUGGGUUGAAAGCACACAUCAAAAUGACAUUGUUGUAAAUUGACAAGGUAACAUUUCCAUUUUUUCAUCAGAAGUGUAUCCUUUGAGCUAGGGCAAGGCCCAUCAUCAGAAGCUGUCAAAUUAGAGAAACCGAGUUUGAAAACUUAUUGUGGGAUUGAAAUCAGGAAGUGGCCACUAACAUUCUGCUCCACUUUUCAGCUGUUCUUACUCUCACAAUCUUGUUUUCUUAGUGCUCAUGGUUAUCCACUUACAUGUUACUUUCACAUCCUAACUGAUGUUGCUAUUUCCCUUUUUAUCAAUUUAUCUGCAUCAACAAGAAUAAUUGUUCUCAUUUUCUAGGUAUGUUAUAUUAUUUCCACUUUGCGUGUUUUGGUUCUUACUUAUUUUCUAUCUAACAUGUAUGGUUGAUAUAAAAGAUCAUGAUUUAGGGUCUGUUUGGAAAUGCUGUGACUUUUAGUUGUGGCUGUGGCUUCUCAAAAGCUACGGAUUGCCUUCUGAAAAUGACUGUAAAGUCAUGUGUGGAAGUGGUUGUGAUAUUAGCUUUUAAGUAUCACCAAACACUUUGGAAUUUUGCUUUUGAAUAAAGCCAUGGAAUGUAAACAAAAGCCAAAAGCUAGUUAUUCCCAAAUGGGCACUUAAUGAUAUAGGAAAGACAUCCAUAUGAUAGACUGACAUGGAUAUAUAUUUGAUUAGAAGAUCGGGCAGUCUCAUGAUCCAUCACAGCUGCCCUGGAUUGGUCCAGUUCCCGGGGACAUCGCUGAAGUCGAGGCUUAUUGUAGAAUAUUUAGAGCAGCCGAACAGCUUCAUGCUGCAUUGAUGGAUACAUUGUGCAAUCCAUUGACUGGAGAGUGUAAAAUUUCUUAUGAUUUUACGCCAGAGGAAAAGCCAUUGUUGGAAGAUAAAAUAGUAUCUGUGCUUGGCUGCAUCCUUUCGCUUUUGAAUAAAGGAAGAGAAGAUGUUCUUUCUGGAAGAUCUUCCAUCAUGAGUUCCUUUCGGGAUGCAGAAGUUAGUGCAAUGGAGGAUAAACUUCCACCUCUAGCCAUUUUCAGGAGUGAGAUGAAAAGGUGCUGUGAGAGUUUGCAUGUUGCUCUUGAAAACUAUUUGACACCUGACUAUGAUCGAAGCCUAGAUGUAUGGAGGAAACUACAGAGGUUGAAGAAUGUGUGUUAUGAUUCUGGUUUUCCCCGGCUUGAUGAUUGUCCUUGUCAUAUGCUGUUUGCAAAUUGGAAUGCAGUUUAUUUAUCCACUUCUAAAGAAGAUCUAAUGUCCAAAAAUUCUGAGGCUGCAUUUUGGAGGGGUGGGCAGGUAACAGAGGAAGGUCUAAAGUGGUUACUGGAGAGAGGAUUCAAGACCAUUUUAGAUCUUAGGGCGGAAAUUAUUAAGGAUAACUUGUAUGAAGCAGAGGUAGCUGAUGCUAUUGCAGCUGGGAAGGUUGAAUUGAUUAAAAUUCCUGUUGAAGUUAGGACAGCACCUUCAAUGGACCAGGUUGAAAAGUUUGCUUCUUUGGUUUCAGAUUUCAGCAAAAAGCCCAUCUAUCUCCACAGCAAGGAAGGAGUAUGGAGAACUUCUGCUAUGGUCUCCAGAUGGAGGCAGUAUAUGACUCGCAGUGCAUCUCAGAUUACCACUCAGAGAGAUGUGGGAAGUAGGCAGGGACCUUCCAUCAUCCUUAGAGGGGGGUCCCUUUCAGGACAGGAAAAUGGAUCUCUGCCAGAGGCUUUGGAUAAAGAUCAUGGUUCAAAUGGAGCAUCUAAUGAAGUUGUCUCUCCAAAGGAUGAAAAUGGUCAGAUCAUUAAUGGGGGAUACAAUGGCCAUGCUUCUGUUCAGGGUUCUAUUCCAUUAGAAAUGGUAGAUAAUGGGGUAGGAUUCUCAGCAAACAUCUCCUUGGAAGCUGACCCUCUGAAGGCUCAGGUCCCUCCUUGCGAUUUCUUUUCCAAAGCAGAGAUGUCCAGAUUUUUCCGAACUAAAAAAAUCACACCUCCAACAUACUCUAAGUAUCAGUUGAAAGGGUUUGAAAAGUUGCUUGUUUCUAGAACGACAGGUGUUGCGACAGUCCCGAAAGUUGAUGGUAUUGAUCCUGAGUUAGGGUUCGUGGAGGCAAAAAGAUCCUACGGAUUAGUAAGUGGUAAAAAUGCAUCUCCAAAGCCUCAGAGCUCACCUGCUGACAGUGACAAGCAUCUGAAUGGAUGUAGUAAUACUUCUGCUGGUUCAGGCAUGAAUGAGCAUCUUGCACGUAAAAUAAUUAAGGAUGAUAAUACAAACAAUGGUGUUGUUUCCUCAGCCUCUAGUGAUGAUGGCAUGUGCACUAUUGAAGGAAACAUGUGUGCUUCUGCAACUGGUGUUGUAAGGGUGCAGUCAAGAAGGAAAGCAGAGAUGUUUCUUGUGCGGACAGAUGGAUUCUCCUGCACCAGAGAGCAGGUUACAGAAUCUUCCCUGGCCUUCACUCAUCCUAGCACCCAGCAACAGAUGCUUAUGUGGAAAACUACGCCAAAGACAGUAUUGUUGCUGAAGAAGCUGGGGAAAGAACUCAUGGAAGAAGCAAAAGAGGUUGCCUACUUCUUGUAUCACCAAGAGAAAAUGAAUGUUCUUGUUGAACCUGACGUUCAUGACAUAUUUGCUAGAAUUCCAGGGUUUGGAUUUGUUCAGACCUUUUAUAGUCAAGAUACCAGUGAUCUUCAUGAGAGGGUUGAUUUUGUGGCAUGCUUGGGGGGAGAUGGGGUUAUACUACAUGCAUCAAAUUUAUUUCGAGGGGCGGUUCCACCUGUUGUGUCCUUCAACCUUGGAUCUCUUGGAUUUCUGACUUCUCAUUAUUUUGAAGACUACAGGCAGGACUUGAGACAAGUUAUUCAUGGGAAUAAGACCUUGGACGGUGUUUAUAUAACUCUUAGAAUGCGCCUCCGGUGUGAAAUCUUUCGCAAUGGUAAAGCAGUGCCCGGGAAAGUUUUUGAUGUCUUAAAUGAGAUGGUGGUUGAUCGGGGUUCUAAUCCAUAUCUUUCUAAGAUUGAAUGCUAUGAACAUGACCGACUUAUAACCAAGGUGCAAGGUGAUGGAGUCAUAGUGGCCACACCUACAGGAAGCACUGCUUAUUCCACAGCCGCAGGAGGUUCCAUGGUGCAUCCAAAUGUUCCUUGCAUGUUGUUUACCCCUAUCUGCCCGCAUUCUCUGUCAUUUAGGCCAGUCAUCCUUCCAGAUUCUGCAAGACUUGAAUUGAAGAUUCCAGAGGAUGCUCGAAGUAAUGCAUGGGUUUCUUUUGAUGGGAAGAGGAGGCAGCAGCUCUCAAGAGGGGAUUCAGUCCGGAUAUCUAUGAGCCAGCACCCGCUUCCAACAGUCAACAAAUCUGAUCAAACAGGCGAUUGGUUUCACAGCUUGAUCCGCUGCCUAAACUGGAAUGAGAGACUAGAUCAGAAGGCCCUUUGAAGUUCAGAAACUGAAGAGAAACCUACUCCAUUUUCAAGCCAGGAUCGAGGUUUGUGUAAAUUUCUGUGCAGAUUGUAAAUUAGGAUUACUACAGAAAAUUGAACAUACAGUGAGUAAAUACUAUUAAUUAGUCAUUACCAACAUUGACUCCCACAUGAGGAUAGGGUUUGCCAUUUCUUCUUCUUCUUGUCGAUAAUGAUAAUGCAAGUAUAUACUAUGAAUGACUAUUGGCAAUAGAAACAUAACCUUUCAGCUUUGGCUGGACCUACAU